UCGGGAGCCUUAUUGAGCCUUUGAAUUUGGGAGGCACAUCUGCAUGUUUGCAAGGGGCCGCUGUAGAUUGAUUGGAUAAUACAGUGAGAGUGCACGCGUGGCAUGAGAAUGCUUGCAGUUUACCGAGAAAUGCGGCGGGCUAGCGUGGCUUCGGUGCCGACAGGCGCUGCUCGCCGUCUGCCAGGUUGGGCGCUCCCCGGCGUCGCUCGAUGCCCAACGGGAAAAGCGGUCGACAGGAAGCCGCCGAGUUGAACACGCGCGGCGCCAGGUGGCGGCCUCGCCCGUGGCGGUUCGGACCUCGGGGGCGCUGUCAUGUCGAUCGCCGGCCCGAGAGGGACGCGCGAAGGGAAGGCCGUGUGGGCGCCACUGCUGCGUGAGCCACCGACGUUUGUUGAUAACCCCGAGUGCAGUGAUAUCGUGCACCGCCGGAGAAUAUAAAUUCCCUCGUCCUGCCUAACGCGCUGUGCCGCGGUGAUUCUGUGCGCCGCCAGCCUUGGAUUAUAGAGCCCGCGUCGUCCGAGUGCGGCCGAUAUGGGCGACAGCCCGGACCGCAUCCAAGCUCCGAGCAUCUCGGCUGUCCACGGCGCGUCGGCUUGUUGGAGCUAACGGCAUAGCGCCACGCACGACCGAUUGGGAACCAUGGACUACAUCCGAGAGUUCGACAUUCGUCUAGAGAAGGAAAUGUACUACGCUGGCGAGACACUCGCGGGCCAUAUUAUUGUCAACACCGUGGAGAACUUCAAAUUGAGAGCCAUCCGGGUAAUGCUCAGGGGCAAGGCACACGCCGAGUGGAAGGUGGUGGUUAGCGGCGACCGGCGGACGGUGAAAGACGACCAGGUCUUCAUCGACGACCGGGCCGUCAUAUGGGGAAAAGAAAAAAGUGAUGGCAGCCUUCCCAUACUGCCCCGGGGCCAGCACGCUUUCGCAUUCCGGUUCCAGCUGCCCGAGAGCAAUCUGCCAUGCUCGUUCGAGUCACGGCCCUGCACAGUGCGCUAUUACGUCAAGGUCACCAUGGACAUCCCGUACGCGUCACCACCGCAGGGCAUGAAGUACUUCACCAUCAUCGGGCCACACAUCGACUGCAUGGACGAGCAGUAUCUCAAACCGUUGGUCGGCCAGGACAAGCGCGCCGUGUGCUGCCUCUGCUGCCAGAGGGGCGUAGUCAGCUUGCGUAGCGCCCUCGAACGGUCUGCCUACUGCUGCGGCGAGAGUUUGCGUCUCAAGGCCGACAUCGACAACCAAAGCGAGGAAGAAGUGCGGCUCAAGCUCAAGCUCGUACAGCAUGUCGAGUUCUUCAUCGACCGUGGCGUGUUGGGCGUGAACAAGGAGGCGACGCACACAGUGCUCGAGUACCGCGGCGACCAGAUCCAGCCGCACACGCGCCACAAGUUCGACAGCUCCAACAGCCUGGUGGUGCCCGUGAUGCCGCCCACGGUGGUUGGGGUGUGCCGCCUCCUGCAGAUGUAUUAUGUGCUCAAGGUAUGGGUGGAGAUGGAAAAGUCUGGCGAUGACCUGGUGAUGAACUUUCCCAUCACUAUUGCCACCUGUCCAUUCAGGAUUCCCAAUUCUAAGCAGGAGCCCUGCAUCGACUAUGCCGUGUGCUGCGAUCACGUGGAAGGAGGAAUGUACAUCGGUCCCGAGUUCCAGCUGGGUCAAGUUUACGACGGCUCGAUGGGUGUCGAAGAGGGCGAGACAGUUGUGCUGUACAGGCCAGUGUACGUGUCCAUACGGAACCCGACCCGCGGUGGCAGCACCUCCAAUGCUGGUGGCGGCAGCGCGUCCUCCGCAGGAGGGCAGCACCAACCUGGAAGCGACGACCCGCCGCAACGACAGCUCGCCACGGCGUAACGCUUGUAGGUCAGCCAACGGGACGAUUCCAAUGUGCCGCACGUGAAAAUGCCUUUCUCUCCAUUUAGCUUCGAAGCCUGUUUCACGUUAGCCGGGGCCGGCCUUACAAAGUGCAUUCCCUGAAGUGCACGACGUCGGCAAACCAGACUUUGCCAACAGAGAUGGCACUGCCGCGCGCGCAUAGCGAAGCUUCGUAAUAAAAAGAAAAGAAUACCAGCAUACAUUAACAGAGUAAUUUCAGUUACUACUUAUUUCGGCACUAUUCACCACCUUGAUAUAACUGUUGUUGGUAACGAUGUGGUUAGCAACAUUACUAAAAAAAAAGCAAGGGCACUUGGUUGUUCCACGUCCAUAAAUGCGAAAGCAUUGCCACGUGUCUCCGAUGGCGCCUCGGCAUCGUUCGCCUACUUGCGUCCAAAGGACCCGGGUGCAGCCACUGAGGUCGAAGGUUCGGAGGGCACGACCCCGACAGGUAGCGACGCGCGGAGCUAGAGUUGACGGCAGCUGAUGCAAUCUUUACUAGCGGCAAACGGACGAGCUUGUUUGCAGUUGUUACCCUCGUAUUCAAAAAUGCAUCUUAACUUGAAGUGACACAGUGGGCAACUGGUUUACUUGUAUCUUGACAGAAGCUCCACAAUGUCAACUUCCAGCUCUUCGUCGCUUAACAAGUCAGCUACGUGUAUAUUCACAUGUUCAGCUACGAAAUUUGGUGGCGUGCUGUAUCAGCAAGGAACCAAGCGGCCCAAGCGGCACGCGCCUCCUGUUGAUCGGCUUUGACCACGUGACUUUUCGUGCCAUCUCCGAGGACGCUGUCGAAUUUUCUGCAUAAUGAGCAUUUAAUGCUUUUGCAUUAACAAAUAAGGUGCUCACUGUUUCUAAUGGGUCUGAACUGUCAAUUCCAAGCACAGCACCAGCGGAUACACAGAUCAUAGCCUCCAACACAUGUAUCAGACUCGCACUAGAACACGCCAGGAAUGGUACGAAAAUGUGUUAUAGGCAGUGCAUCCUGUGGUGCUAACUGCACUUAGAAUUAGAAGCUGGGACCCAUCACUAACAGUGAAUGCCUUGUGUAGUCAGUAAUGUUACCAAUUCUAUCCUUACCAACAGCACUUCUGCAGUAACCGCAAUUACAUUUCUUUAAGAUAGUAUGAAUUAGCAAAAUGGAGCAAGCGUGUAUAGUAGGUAAAGUUUAACAAAAUGUGAAAAUAUGAGUGGCACCAAUGCAACUAAUUCGGCGUACUAGUGUACUCUCUGGCACUAAUAUUCGCGUUGCAAUGAAAAGAACUGCAUUUAUGCACCGUUUAUCUGUCAGUCUUCUGGAGGAAUCUUUAUAGCGACAAUGCAGCGCUGCUUUUGUACUUUGAGGCUUUAUUCAAAUAUUAUCCUUACGUGUUUUUUGUCGACUUUCAUAAACUCCGGCUUGCUUUUAAAGGGGCCGUGCAAAAUCUUUUAAAGCUUGUACAGUUCAGUAUUGCGAGAAUAUUCCUUCGGCGCUAUACCGUAAAGCUAUUCCAAUCUUUUCUUUUCCAAUUCUGCAAUCAACUCUCCGUGAAUGGUCAAAAACUUUUCGGUCUACCCCCCCUUCACCUGUCUGCCAUACGACGUCACGAAAACCGCGAUAACUUCCCAUUUGAUAUGGCGUGUACACGCUUACUGUGCAUGAACAGGGCGAACAAAAGAAAAACAAUUAUUUCCGAUUUGACGCCUUUUCUCCAUUAGCCCUCUGCUAAUGGUCAGAAGCUUUCGGGCUACGCCCACAUCGCCUGUCUGAAAGCGACGUCACAAAACCGCGACAACUCACUGCGUCAAAGCGGCGUGUACGCGUUAAAGGUGCAUUAAUAUGCCGAAAAAAAAAGAUUUUGAAUAGCCAGAGAUUACCCCGUCCGUAAGGAAUGGAAGAUGGCUGCCCGCCGAUCGCUCAGGCACUGACUACUCGCACCUGUCGGAGAGCAUCGAUUUAUUUGCGUAUAAAAAACAUUUUACAUGGCAGUAUCACGGUAUCGAGCCCUUUCAGCACGUAUACGACAUCGCUCUGCCCACUGUUUGUUGAGGAUCCGUUUUAACGGCAUUCCUAAACUGCUGUUGCACGUCGACGAGAUUUUUGCCCAGCCACCGCGAGAGGAAGGGUACCUAUCACAGGAUGCUGGCACAAACCUCCUCCUUCCGGUGCCUAUUUUCACAAUGCUGGCCCGGCCCUAUCUCAACCCUCUCCAUUUUAGCGUGCUCCUCGCCUCUUGUCAGCCAAUUAGAUAAGAAAAGUCGCUCAAUGUAGGCGAUGUUAUUCAUAAUCAUAUAUUGUCCCUUAAACACCCUUUUCACUGUAUUACGUAGGGGAGGGGGGGCGAUGGCAUCAAUAAGCACUAAGGUCAUUAUUAUACAAUGGUUAACUUACUUAUACCAUGGUAAACAAAAAAACAGUACAACUGGUAGCACAACUGGCAGUACAACUGACAGCACAACUGGCGGUAUAACGGAGCACUACAGAAGGUAGACUUAAGAGUAACAGAGCAGUGGUGGUAGGUUAGGGAUUUAGAAAACAUGACAAUAGGUGCCUAAAUUGAUCUGAGUCACUUUCAUUUACUAUAUCCUCGUUUUGAAAGCAUACAAAAUUGAACUCCUAUAAAUGAGGCGAGCGUUUGAUUGUUCGAUUGGGGUGUUCAGACAACACUGCGGGUCACCGCCCGAUGCUUGCGUAUGCGCUUACGUAAAUUUGAUGUCAGUAAUUGGAAUAGUUUUACGUUAUCGGGCUCCUUGUUGGACACGUCACGACGGAAGACAAACGGGAAAAGGUGCACACACAGCGAUAAGCGAAAUGCUAAUCGUCGAAGUCUCUUUUUUCUUGAGCGUCCGAUGUGUAUCGAUACAGGCCAUUACUCUGGACAAUUUAGGAAAGGACAAGCUGGUAGCUAAACGAGUUAGUCCAAAACUGCAACUACGGACGACGAAACAGAGAAUUCGAACAAGCUGCCGGCUCAGUACGAAAAUAAAAGCCAAGCAUCUUCUAUAGAGAAAGGAACAUAUCAAUCAAGGGAUAUGAAAAGCUUUGGAAGGGUGAGGUUACCAGCGUACAGUCCCCAUGAAAUUUGAUGAUGUGCGCGAAAUUUUGGUGACGCGCACAUCUCUGACGAUGCGCACUCUCGUCCGUAGCCUCAGGUACAAAGGAGUGUCGAUUUGCAUGAUAAGGUAGUCCAAACAAUACACUACUCAUUACCGUUUCGUGGUACAACCGUAGCACUUACGCUUGCGGCGUUUGGAACUGUGUGGCACUUGUGUCUUCUCUUGACGCGGGCAAUACCGUGGGCUCUCAGCGCAGCGAUCAGCUCAUCAUGGGUAUUUACAGACGGAGAUAACAGAUGCACAUUUAGAUGUCGCGCGUUUCACGCAAUCACCGCUGGUUACAAAAUGUCCGAAUGCUGACUGGCCGAGGGGCACUGUAGCUUAUAUCGCACUUCGUUUUAGAGCGCAGCCUAGCGUCGGCGUAACCGAGUGAACGAGGACAACAGCGAAAGAUGAAAGAGUGAACGCGGAGCGGGAGGUGAAAGACGACGAGAGUGAGGACACCGUGAGCAGGAAAGCGAAGGGUGAGGGUACAGCGCAACCAUAAGGCGGAAAACGCAGCAGGAGGGUAUGGAGAAAGCGUUAAAACAAUAGCCUAGUGCCGCUCAAGACAUGCUCUGCAGUGACGAACACUACGAUCUCGCGCCAGAGAAGCGUGCGUCGUCUGUUCACUGAUGACGUCAUCUAUAAGGCACGCGGUGAGCGCGUCCACAGAUAGCCUAUAUGGAAUCAAAGUGCUGCAUGAGCGGAGGUCUGUUUGCGGUGGCUGCUGUGAAUCGACCCACGCGUUACCCACGCGCUGCCCCUCGCGAUUUCACGAUUAGCGAGGCAGUCGCGCCAAACUUCGCUCCAAUUGCAACGUGUCGCACGAGACGGAUUGUCAGCGCCAGCCAAUGUAUCGCGAUAUAAAGGCACCUAUAGAGUGCGCUCAUAUUUCGCAUUAGGAAGUACCGUAAUCGUGGGUGAAUUUUUUUCUAGACAAAGUCUGUCUUAGUGUGUGAAUGCCACUUUUAUGUAUUGGGUAUGUUUGUAGCCUUUUACUGUGGGCGAAUUACACAGGUAGUGCUACUGUGUAUACACCCGUGGAGCCACUGGU